AUGUCUAAGCCGACAUACACCAUAACCGGAGUCCGCCUUGAGGACGUGCCCGAGAUUGGACGACUCUCCGCGGACGCCUUUGUCAAUGAUCGCCAGACUCAAAUGAAGAAUCUCGGAAAGGAGCCUUAUGAUAUGAACAAGAUAACACUGGAAAGCCUUCCAGGUCUGCUCCACAACCCACGCUGUAUCGCUAUCAAAGUUGUCGACAGUGAGAGCGGAGAAAUUAUGGGUGUCUGCAACUGGGGGUUCCGAGGUUUCAAGCCCGAGGAAAUGCCAAAGGUAGAGGGUAAACCAUUGCCCCUAGACAAGCCUGCAGAGACACCUGCCAAGUCAGAAGAUGCACAAGACUCUCAAGAAAAGAACCAGCAAUACGCCACAGACGGCAAAGGAAGGGAAAAUAUCAAGGAAGACGAGGAGUCAGACCCCAUAAAAAGAUUACAAGCCCUCACGGGAGGCGACUUGGAAGCAUGGAUGGAAGAGGUGAUGCCAGAAGGGACAAGAUGUCUUUUUAUAGUUGGAUUGUCAGUAUCUCCAAAGUUUCAGGGCCGCGGUGUAGGCUCUACACUUUUGCGUUGGGGUACGGACAUUUGCGAUGACAAGGGUGUCUUUGCGUGGGUUCACUCGUCGGAACCCGCGUGGCCAAUGUACGAGAAGUGCGGGUUUCAAGUCAUUCGAUGCCUUGACAUUGAUUUGGACGAGUAUGCUCCAGUUCCUCCGCCAAAUGAGGGACCGGAUGCGAAAUGGGGACACUACGUAUUUCGAUACAUGAAGUACUUUGGGAAACAGAAGGAAGCGCAAGAUACGACUUAG